CUCAUGGGCAGCUUGUUCUCUAGGUGGAACUAACAAUAGUACUGUUUUUCUAAUCGGAGGUGGAGCGCGGAACGAGAACAAUACACUAGAUACUUAUACCUCUUUUGUCUAUACGUUUGAUAUAAAAUUGCAAAAGUGGUCUGACCCUUUUAUCUCCGGAAAUGUUCCCCAAAGACGAAGAGAUAUAGAAGCAGCUAUUGAUAGCACAGGGAAAAUUUAUGUAUUCGGAGGUUAUGCGGAUAGUUUUAUCGGCUACAAUGGUUCCACUUUUUAUAAUGAUUUGAUCGUGAUAAAUUCUAUUUCACUAACGUAUUCAUUAGAAUCGCUUGUUAAUGCACCAACUAGUAGGUCUGAUUAUACUGCAACUAUGUUACCUAGCGGUGUUAUUGUAUAUAUUGGAGGUUAUGGGGUAUCAGGAAUUGUUGAUAUAACUCAGAUUUAUUUGUAUGAUACUUCUACCUCAGGAUGGUCUUCAAUG